UGAGGAGUGGGCCUGGGAAAGACGUAGUCGCCACCCUCCGAGCUUCCCGAAAGCGCCUUUUCUCCCUAUAGUCCUCCACGGAAUGACCAUGGACAAAAGCGAGCUGGUACAGAAAGCCAAACUUGCUGAGCAAGCUGAGUGCUAUGAUGAUAUGGCUGCAGCUAUGAAGGCUGUAACAGAACAGGGACAUGAACUCUCCAAUGAAGAGACAAAUCUACUCUUUGUUGCCUACAAGAAUGUGGUAGGUGCCCGUCGUUCUUCCUGGCGUGUCAUCUCCAGCAUUGAACAGAAAACAGAGAGGAAUGAGAAGAAGCAGCAGAUGGGCAAAGAGUACCGCGAGAAGAUAGAGGCUGAGCUGUAGGACAUCUGCAAUGACGUACUGGAGCUGUUGGACAAAUAUCUCAAUAUUCCCAAUGCUACACAGCCAGAAAGCAAGGUGUUCUACAAAAAAAAAAAAAUGAAAGGAGACUAUUUUAGGUAUCUCUCUGAGGUUGCAUCUGGAGACAAUAAGCAAACCACUGUGUCGAACUCCCAGCAGGCUUACCAAGAAGCAUUUGAAAUUAGUAAGAAAGAAAUGCAGACCACACACCCGAUCCGACUUGGCCUGGCACUGAAUGUCUCAGUCUUUUACUAUGAGAUUCUAAACUCUCCUGAAAAGGCCUGCAGCCUCACCAAAAUGGCAUUUGAUGAAGCAAUUGCUGAAUUGGAUACACUGAAUGAAGAGUCUUACAAAUACAGCAUCCUGAUCAUGCAGCUGCUCAGGGACAAUCUCACUCUAUGGACGUCAGAAAACCAGGGAGAUGAGGGAGAUGCUGGAGAGGGCGAGAACUAAUGUUGUCAUGCUUUGUGAUCUGUCUGGUGUCACUCUGUAUCCUCCACAUUAUAGCCCUUUGUGCAAUAAACAAAAACAAAAAAAAAAUCGAAGAAAAAAAAAAGAAAA